AUGGCCAUGGCCACCACCCCCAACCCCAAUCCCGCAAUAUAUUCGCCGCAGCCCACACCUUCCACCAAAUUUCCGUCCCCCAUCUCCACUGCACCGCACCGCACCGCACCGCGGCUGUCUCUUCCUGCCACUCCGCCUCGACUUGCUCGGCUAUUCCCGGAUUGCGGCUCGGUGUUGGUCAUUGGCGGAGAGGUGAACGCCAAGAAGAAGGUUAGUUUCUGUGGGAACACUGGCCACAGCCGCUGCGGUGAAGUUCAUUUAGCUGCUGCCGUGUGCUCCGGUCGUAUGCGAAGCAACCCCUUCUCACUUCAGAAAAACAUGGUGGACGUAGAACUGUUUUAUAAGGACACUAGCGAUCACAACAUCAGCUCUGAGGAAGAAGAUAUGCUUGUCAGGAGUUGUAGCAAUCUCAAUGUGAGCUUUGGAUACCAUUGUGAUUCUUAUCAGAGCUUUUCUCCUGAAAAUGAUCAUGGGAAUGGCAUUUCUCCUAAGAACAUAUUUGGGACUAAUACCAUGAUAGGGCCACGAAAUGGCUCAUUUACUUGUUUAUCUGGUGCUGCUAUUAGUGCAAAUUUUACACUGGCAAAUACAAAUAUUUGCAAUGGUCUUAUUGGUGAAGAAAUUUUACCAGAACUAGAUUCUCCAAAUGCCUUUAGAAAAAUUGUUUCUUCUCCAUCAAUGUCAAGAUUGGACUCAUUCUCCACCUCACAAGGCAGCCCUGUGUCAACUGAGAGCUCUAUAUUUGAGAUCAGUAAAAAUCUUUGGAGGUCCAGUGCCCCAACAACCAUAUCAUCCAAUUUUCUGACUAAUACAGAGAAUCGGAUAAAGCAACAAAAUGGUUUAUACAAUUCAUCAGAAAGCUCUCUCAAUGGUCUUAAAAGCGAGUUAACACUAGCCAUGAGAAAUUCAGAAAAUGAAGACAUAAAAUUUUCUGAAACAUUUCGAGCUGGUGUGCUGAAUUGCCUUUCUACUGCUGUUGAGCAAGCUGAGAAUGACUUUUUAUGCAUGGUUGAACAAGAGAUGGAUGAUAGACCAGAUUUAGUUUCAGUAGGGUCUUGUGUUCUGGUUCUUCUUCUUCAUGGAACAGAUCUGUGCAUCUUAAAUAUGGGGGACAGUAGAGCUGUGCUUGCUUCCAUGCCAUAUGUAGAAAAUGGUGCUUUGAAGACUACUCAGCUGACAGAGACCCACUCACUUGAAAAUCCUUUGGAGUACCAAAGACUUUUAGCUGAUCAUCCCGACGAUUCUUCAGUUGUCAGGGGUAACAAAAUAAAAGGAAAGCUGAAGGUUACUCGUGCCUUUGGAGUUGGCUAUCUAAAGCAGAGGAAGUUCAAUGAUGCACUGAUGGGUAUUUUACGAGUCCGUGAUCUGAGCAGCCCUCCAUAUGUUUACACAAAUCCACACACAUUGAGUCACAAAGUUACAGAUGAUGACUUGUUCGCUGUGCUUGGUAGUGAUGGCUUAUUUGAUUUCUUCAGUAAUGAUGAAGUUGUUCGGUUGGUUUAUCAAUUUAUGCAUGAUAAUCCAAUGGGGGAUCCUGCAAAAUACCUCAUCGAGCAACUUAUACUCAAAGCAGCCAAGGAAGCAGCUUUAACAGCCGAAGAAUUGAUGAGGAUACCUGUUGGGAGUAGGAGAAAGUACCACGAUGAUGUGACUGUCAUUGUUAUCAUCCUUGGAAAUGCACAGAGGACGAUGACUGCAUCAACUUCCUUGUGA